CACAGUACUGAAUAUUGAAAAUUGAAAACAACACCACCCACUUUUUCUCUCUCUUCUUCUUUUCCCCCCUUUCACUUUCUCUCUCUAAAAACCUAGCUAUGGCGCUUCCUCAUCACCAUCUCCAACUACACAUUCAACAACAACAACCACAUCAGCAACAGCAACAGUCCAAAUCUUACAGAGAUUUGUACAAUAAUAUGGAUGGUCAGAUAACAACCCCAGUUGUUUAUUUCAAUGGCUCUAAUCUUCCUGAACAGUCUCAACACCCUCCUUAUAUACCUCCCUUUCAAGUAGUGGGGUUGGCUCCUGGUACAGCUGAUGAUGGAGGGUUGGAUUUGCAGUGGAAUUAUGGGUUGGAGCCAAAGAAGAAGAGGCCUAAGGAGCAAGAUUUUAUGGAGAAUAACAACUCUCAAAUAUCUUCUGUUGAUCUGUUGCAGCGGCGAUCGGUGUCCACUGGCUUGGGGUUGUCUCUGGAUAACGGACGCUUGGCUUCGUCGUGUGACUCAGCGUUUCUAGGGCUUGUGGGUGAUGAUAUUGAGCGAGAAUUGCAGAGACAAGAUGCUGAGAUUGAUAGAUAUAUCAAAGUUCAGGGUGACCGCUUAAGGCAAGCUGUUUUGGAGAAGGUUCAAGCUAAUCAGAUUCAGGCUAUCACCUAUGUUGAAGAGAAGGUCCUUCAGAAACUUCGCGAAAGAGACACAGAGGUUGACGAUAUCAACAAGAAAAACAUGGAACUUGAGUUGCGGAUGGAACAAUUGGAUUUGGAAGCGAAUGCUUGGCAACAGCGUGCCAAAUACAAUGAGAACUUGAUUAACACACUUAAGGUAAAUCUACAACAUGUUUAUGCACAGAGCAGAGAUAGUAAAGAAGGUUGUGGUGACAGUGAGGUAGAUGACACAGCAUCAUGCUGUAAUGGACGGGCUACAGAUCUCCACCUGCUUUGCCGGGAUAGCAAGGAAAUGAAGGAGUUGAUGACGUGUAGGGUCUGUAGAACCAAUGAAGUUUGCAUGCUAUUGUUACCAUGUAAGCAUCUCUGCCUGUGUAAAGAGUGUGAGAGUAAGCUUAGUCUUUGUCCCUUGUGUCAGUCCACUAAGUAUAUAGGUAUGGAAGUUUACAUGUAGUUGGAUAUUGUGCAUCUAAUGUACAUGUCGUGGCCAACAUUUAUGCCAUCUGUCCUGGUCAACUGACUUGUUGUAUAAAUUUUUACCCCACCUAAAUAUUUUGGAAAACUUACUUAGAAAUUCUUGGCAGUCUAAUUGUCAUUUAGGGUUCUUGGAUGGAAUGACAAUUAUUGUCUUGUCUGAUGUUACAUUUCCUUCAGAACCAGUAUGUAUUGAUGUCUAUAUCAUGGUAACUAUUGUGUAAUGACAUAUAUUCUCUAUAAGCAAACAUUGUGUAAUGGAAUACUCUCUAUAAGCAA